AUGGGAAAACUGUCGUCAUGGCUAAAGGCUCAGGUGGUCGGACCUCUAACUGCUGGAGACUCCACAGCUGGACAGUCACAGCUGGACAGUCACAGCUGGACGGUCACAGCUGGAGACUCAUGGCGUGCCCCCCCCUUUUCUGUGCAGACGUUCACGGCCUGGUGCAACUCCCACCUGAGGAAGGCCGGCACGCAGAUCGACAACAUCGAGGAGGACUUCAGAGAUGGACUCAAGCUCAUGCUGCUCCUGGAAGUCAUCUCAGGUAAAAGGCUAGAGGCGUCCGCGGCGGGCGCCGCCCACCUCGCCGCCCGCUCGUCUGUGGCCGGGCGGCGGCUCGAGCUGAUGUGGGAGACUCAGCGUCCCGCCGAUGACCACAAGAAGAGGAUGAAGGAGAGAAAAGCUUUUAUUUACAUCGUGGGCACGCUGCGGCCGGAUGAGAAGGCCAUUAUGACCUAUGUGUCCUGCUUCUAUCACGCCUUCUCUGGCGCCCAGAAGCUAAAGCGAGCCGAGCCGAGGGACGGCGGCUCACCGCACUUUUCCCGGCAGGCCGAGACCGCCGCCAACCGCAUCUGCAAGGUCCUGGCGGUCAACCAGGAGAACGAGCAGAUGAUGGAGGACUACGAGAAGCUGGCGAGCGAUGUGAGUGUGCAGCCCGCCGGCAGCCUCCCUGCUCUCCACCCCCCCUCACGCUACCCCCCCCCUCCUCACCCCCUGGCCUGGUCCUCUCUGUGCCUCCAGCUGCUGGAGUGGAUCCGCCGGACCAUCCCCUGGCUGGAGAACCGGACCCAGGAGAAGACGGUCAACGACAUGCAGGCCAAGCAGGAGGACUUCAGGGACUACCGCACAGUGCACAAACCCCCCAAGCCGCCGCUAACAGCCGGAGUCCCUGUCUGUCCUCAGGUCCAGGAGAAGUGCCAGCUGGAGAUCAGCUUCAACACCCUGCAGACCAAGCUGAGGCUCAGCAACAGGCCGGCCUUCAUGCCCUCAGAGGGACGCAUGGUGUCUGACAUCAACGGGGCGUGGCACACCCUGGAGGGGGCGGAGAAGGGCUACGAGGAGUGGAUCCUGAGCGAGAUCAGACGUCUGGAGAGGCUGGAGCAUCUGGCUGAGAAGUUCCACCAGAAGGCCGCCAUCCACGAGUCCUGGACUGACGGUGGGUUUGGGUUUGUGCUGGUAUUGGCCUUUAAGGGCUGCCGUACCUCUCUCCGUGUGCGUCCGUGUGCAGGGAAGGAGGCCAUGCUGACCCAGAAGGACUACGAGACCUCCACCCUGUCGGAGGUGAAGGCGCUGCUGCGGAAGCACGAGGCCUUCGAGAGCGACCUGGCCGCCCACCAGGACCGCGUGGAGCAGAUCGCCGCCAUCGCGCAGGAGCUCAACGAGCUGGACUACUACGACUCGGCCAGCGUCAACGCCCGCUGUCAGAAGAUCUGCGACCAGUGGGACGUCCUGGGGGCGCUCACCCACAGCCGCAAGGACUCCCUGGAGAGGACGGAGAAGCAGCUGGAGUCCAUAGACGAGCUCUACCUGGAGUACGCCAAGAGGGCGGCGCCCUUCAAUAACUGGAUGGAGGGAGCCAUGGAGGACUUGCAGGACAUGUUCAUCGUUCACAAUAUCGAGGAGAUCCAGGGUGGACUUGAACUGCUCGUGGGCGGUGAUCAGACCCUGAGGGGGGGAAAAACGGGUUUGGUUCUCAUCUCAGUCCUCGUGUUCUAG